AAACGCGAUCGAUUCAUCGAAUUAGCUCAGGCAGCCUUGGAACAAGCUAUCAAAGAAGAAGAUCAAAAAGGAGUCAUUAGAGAAAUGGUCGAAGCCUUGAUUGCUCGAAGUGGCGCCCCACUCGUGGCCGAAGUCAUUUCAGAGCAGAUGCGAAGUCAAGAUUUGAUUGAACAGCUCGCCGAACGCCACCAAGAGCGAAGGCAGUUGAAUGACGACACCACACCUUUUCCGCAUACUCUCAAGGAACCGCUGGACGAAACCUUGCGAAGUGUCAAUACCGCUGCCACCUACGAUGAAACGGUCGAACCCAUGACGCUCAUGGCAGAAUACAUGUGGCGCUUCUUUCGACUCCUGUUGCUUGCAAGUAUUGUAGGCCUCAUUUACCAUUUCUUG